AUGGCUACCAAAGUUGGUGUUGCUCUGCUCGCGCUGGCUGGUGCUCUUGUCAACGCAGAUGCCGUCUACACCAAGAACUCACCCGUCCUGCAAGUCACGGCUAAGACUUACGAUUCUUUGAUUGCUCAGUCCAACUACAGCUCGAUCGUCGAGUUCUAUGCACCUUGGUGCGGACAUUGCCAGAACCUGAAGCCCGCGUACGAGAAGGCAGCAAAGAAUCUUGACGGACUCGCAAAGGUUGCUGCUAUCAACUGCGACGAUGAUUCGAACAAGCCCUUCUGUGGCCAGAUGGGAGUCCAAGGCUUCCCUACCCUCAAGAUUGUCAAGCCUGGAAAUAAGCGCGGAAGGCCUAUGGUCGAGGACUAUCAAGGACCGAGGACUGCCAAAGCGAUUGUCGACGCUGUCAUCGACAAGAUCCCAAACCAUGUCAAGAAGCUACAAGAUUCUACCAUUGACAACUGGUUGGCGGAUACUGCAACUUCAACGAAAGCCAUCCUCUUCACCGAGAAGGGCACAACCAGUGCUCUGAUCAGAGCUCUGGCUAUUGAAUUCCUGGGCUCCGUCAGCGUUGGCCAGAUCAGAAGCAAGGAGCAAACCUCCGUCGACAAGUUUGGCGUUAGCGAUUUCCCUUCCAUCGUUGUCAUUCCUGGCGACGGAUCACCACAUACUGUCUAUUCCGCCGACAUGAAGAGACAGCCUUUGAUCGAUCUUUUGAGCAAGUUCGCAUCGCCCAAUCCCGACCCGGCUCCUGGUAAGGCUAAAGCCACCAAGGCAAAAGACCAAAAGAAGGCUGCCUCGGCUUCGAGUUCGUUCUCUAAAGCCUCUGAGGCUCACAAAUCAUCUGAUCUGGACGACGAGCUUGGCGCAAAAACCAUUGUUCUUGAUGAGGAUACCCCUACGGAGUCGCCUCUUCCUAUCGUCGACGACCAGAAGCCCGCUGUCAUGCCCGAAAUCCCAGCCAUCCCUAUUCUAGCUUCUGUCGAGGAGCUCAAUGAAGCUGCUCUUGGCCCGAAGAAGGGCACCUGCAUUCUGGUCCUCCUCCCCGCUGGUUCUGAGGUUAACGUAGCCGAGGAGGCUUCAGAGGCACUAAUUCACUUUGCCAACAUCGCCGACAAGCACACCAGACGCAGAGACAAUACCUUCCCCUUUUACGGCGUCUCUGCUGAUAACGAGCAGGCCAAGGUUAUCCGUGCCGAUCUUGGUCUACAGGAUGACUCCAAACUUGAAAUUAUUGCCGUGAACAAUAAGCGCGGCUGGUGGCGUCACUUCAAAGGCGAUCCCUCGUCCUUUCCGAAUAUUGAAAAUUUCAUUGAUGCUAUCAAGCUUGGUGAUGGUCAGCCCGAGAAGUUGCCCACAGCCUUUGGCGGCAAAGAAAACGAGGCCCCUGCGCCUGAGCCAGAAGCAGAGCCGGAAAUCGCAGAGGACUCUCCUACCGACGAGACUGUAGCAGAUCCUGAGCCCGAGCUUGAGCCCGAACCCGAGCCCGAGCACGACGAGCUGUGA